CAGGUGAGCUGUUGCUCGUCGGGGCGGCCGGCAGCGGCGGCUCCGGGGCCCAGCAUGCGCGGGGGGCCCCGCGGCCACCAUGUACGUGGGCUAUGUGCUGGACAAGGAUUCUCCCGUGUACCCCGGCCCCGCCAGGCCCGCGAGUCUCGGCCUGGGCCCGCAAGCCUACGGCCCCCCGCCUCCGCCCCCCGGCCCCCCGCAGUACCCCGACUUCACCGGCUACUCUCACGUGGAGCCGGCCCCCGCGCCCCCUGCGGCCUGGAGCGCGCCUUUCCCCGCGCCCAAGGACGACUGGGCCGCAGCCUAUGGCCCGGGCCCCGCGGCCCCCGCCGCCAGCCCAGCCCCGCUGGCAUUCGGGCCCCCUCCGGACUUCAGCCCGGUGCCCGCGCCCCCUGGGCCUGGCCCGGGCCUCCUGGCGCAGCCCCUCGGCGGCCCGGGCGCACCGUCCUCGCCCGGAGCGCAAAGGCGGACGCCCUACGAGUGGAUGCGGCGCAGCGUGGCGGCCGGAGGCGGCGGUGGCAGUGGUAAGACCCGGACCAAGGACAAGUACCGCGUGGUCUACACCGACCACCAGCGCCUGGAGCUGGAGAAGGAGUUCCACUACAGCCGUUACAUCACCAUCCGGCGGAAAUCAGAGCUGGCUGCCAAUCUGGGGCUCACUGAACGGCAGGUGAAGAUCUGGUUCCAAAACCGGCGGGCAAAGGAGCGCAAAGUGAACAAGAAGAAGCAGCAGCAGGAGCAGCAGCCCCCACCGCCGCCUCCGCCAGCUCACGAAAUCACCCCCACCCCCACCGGCCCGCCCCUGGGGACCCUGUGCCCCAGCUCUGCCAGCCUCCUGGGCGCCUCCUCCCCGAUGCCUGUGAAGGAGGAGUACCUGCCGUAGCACCUGCCUGCCACCUGGGCAGGGCCUCAGGUGCUGGGGAUGUGGCUCCUGGUGGGGCCCAGGAGGCCUGGUCUGAGUCGCAGCCCUGCCACUGACCUUCUGGGUAACCUUGGACAAGUCACCCUUCCAGCCCCUGUGUCCCCUUGGCCCAUCUGAGCAGUGAGCCUGUUGGAUAAAGACCUUUUCCAGCUCCUGUGUUCUAGGCCUCAGGGGGAUAAGGGAGCCUGGGGGGAGGUUGCAAUCCUCAGAGGGCUGGGUGAGGGGGCCCUACCUCGUCCUCCAUAGGUUCAAGGGUAGGAGGCCACUGUAGGGACCAGACUGACUCUGGAAGAAGGGGCUGGAGCUGAGAGAAGAUGGAAUGCUUGCAGACCAGGCCCUGAUGGGGAGGAAUGUGGUCAGCCCACACCUGCCUCUUCCUGACGCCUCACCCCUCCCAGCCCCAUCACGGCAUGCCCUGGACCCUCUCCAGGCUGGAUGCAAACCACAGAGCCCACAGGAUGGGGCCUGAGGGAGGGGCUCUGGUGACGGCCCCUCUGGGUUGCAGAGCUGUCU